GCACCGACCGCACGGCGGAGGUACCGCGCCGCGCACAAGAACCGAUCGGUACGUCGCGGAGGCAGCAGUGCGCCUCAAAGUCCCGGAGUCUGAAUAGAAAAAAAACAUUUAACUGUAGGAUUGCUGCCGUCGAUUGUGCUGGUGUGAUUCGGUGCGAUCAGUGCGAAUAUGGAUAAGUGACGGUACGGAGCAACAGUACGAGGCGAUAAUGGAUGAGGUGUCCGUGGUUGCGCCGAGUGGUAGCAACCGCAGCGGUGAGGGCUGGUUCGACGACGACACCCUAACGUUGCCAUUGGACGCGAGCGAGGGUGGUCUUUUCGCCGGCAAUUUCGUACCACCGCCGCCCCGACCUUUGUUUCUGGACGAGUCCGCCACCCCGGACGGACUCACCACCUGCGACCUGUGCUCGUGGGCAUGGCAGAACGGCAACAAUGUCUUCACAUUGGAAACGGCUCUAGAGUCAACAGGGGAACUAGGAUGGGUUUUGACCUUAGUAAUAGUCUCGUUAGUAUCAGCAGUAAUAGGAGCAAUUGUAAUGAUAAUAGUCCUGCAUUGUAAACGAUUGAAAAACUCCGAAGCAAAUGAAACAGAAAGGGGUAGCAUGCCAAUGCAACGACAUCCGAGCGUGCGUCCCCCGAUCAACACACCGGACGAUAAGACCAUAAGCACGAUAACACAAUCGACGUUCCCGAACAACCCUAACGCGACGGGAGUGUGGUCGUGGCUGUCCCGCCGCUCGGCCCCCACGCCCUCCCAACUGGACAAUCCGCCGUCGUCGCCGGUCGAGAACCACUACACCCACAUGGAGGAUACGUACAACACCGUCGGCGAGGCCUUGUACGCCGAGCUGGACCGCGACAGUUCGUCGGGCGAGGACGGCGAGAACAGUCCGGCGUAUCAGAAUUCCGCGUACACAGACCCGGAGGCGGCGGCGUCGAGCGCACCCAGCAGCGCCUACUACUCGGAUCUGUCCGUCACGACGGUGCCGGACAGGGCGUACGAGGUGGUCGGGCUGGUCGCGAUGCCGCCCUGGGAGACGUGCGCCGGCGAAUCGAGGCGGCCCAACAACGCCAGGUUGGCGGCGAUCAGCGAAAACGUCACUGUUCCCUCCGAUUAUGUUUGAUGCGAUGAUUGUGGAGGCACGGAAUGGUUUUUAUUUCUUUUAGUAUGAAUUGUAAAUUGUGUACAUAAUUGUUUAUUUAUGACGAAAUUUUAUGUGGAUUUAGUUGUGAUGUACAAAAUUGCGUGUAAAUUUGUAUUUUAGUUGAUGCGGUACAAUCAUCGAAUCUUGUUUUAACAUAAGGAUUUGUUGUACAGACCGAGAGGAAAUGUUUAUUCCUAUUACGAAAAUGUCAUUGUCUCAUAAAUGCAAUUUGUGAGCUUAGAUGAUUAGUGUGAUAUAUUUUUAAACACUAGAUUUUUAUCGAAAAUUAUUUAUAAGAUGCAUUAAAUGCUGUAAUAAAGACUUCAUAUUUA